ACAGUUUCUCUUUGUCUUCGUUCUCUGCUCCUCCAUCGAUGGCGGCGAAUAAUCAUCAUCCCAAGGAUGAGGCUUAUCUCUCAUCCGUCAUCCCCAAGCGUAUCAGGCUCUUCGAGGAAAUCCAAGCCGAACAACUUGAGCAGCUUCAAUCUCGGCCACACGAUCCGAUCAAGAUUACUCUUCUCCCAGACGGUAUCGUGAAAGAGGGGAAGAGAUGGGAGACAACUCCAAUGGAUAUUGCAGUGCAGAUUUCUAAGGGUUUAGCCAAAUCUGCACUGGUUUCUUCGGUUGAUCAUGUCCUGUGGGACAUGAAUAGGCCCCUGGAAGGUGAUUGUUCGCUAGAGAUUUUCGGAUUUGACAGCGACCAAGGCCGUGAUACUUUCUGGCAUUCUAGUGCUCACAUUCUAGGCCAGGCUCUCGAGCAGCAGUAUGGAUGCAAGCUAUGCAUUGGACCCUGCAAAACCACAGAUGAGGGUUUCUAUUACGAUGCCUUUUAUUAUGGCAAUCUGGGCUUAAACGACGAUCAUUUUCCAAACAUCGAAGCAGGUGUUGCGAAAGCUGUUCGGGAGAGACAACCAUUCGAAAGGAUUCAAGUGACCAAGGAUCAGGCACUCGAGAUGUUUUCUGAUAAUAAAUUUAAGGUUGAAAUCGUCAAUGACGACUUGGCUGAAGAAGAGAGCAUUACAGUCUACAGAUGUGGCUCCUUGGUUGAUUUGUGUCCCGGACCACAUAUACCAAAUACUUCUUUUGUGAAAGCUUUCAAGUGUUUGAAGGCGUCAGCCUCUUACUGGAGAGGUAAGAGCGACCGCGAGAGCUUGCAGAGAGUUUAUGGGAUAUCUUAUCCGGAUAACAAGCAACUCAAGGACUAUCUUAAGUCUAUAGAAGAAGCAAAGAAAUAUGACCACCGACUAUUGGGCAAACAGCAGGAUCUAUUCUUUUGUCACGAAUUCAGCCCUGGCAGUUGGUUCUUCCACGAACAUGGAGCUAUCGUUAUGUCACCAAAUAUGUUCAACAUGAAACUCUGGGAAACAUCAGGACAUGCUCAAAACUACAAGAAAAAUAUGUUUACGUUAGAUGUAAGAGUGCAUGCAAAGCUCAACAGUCUUCUUGACUUUGUUACUUCAAUUGAUGAACAAGAAUUCGGGCUCAAGCCUAUGAAUUGCCCGGGUCACUGCUUGGUCUUCCAAGACAAAGUUCGCUCAUAUAAAGAAUUACCCAUUAGAAUAGCGGAUUUUGGAGUGUUACAUCGAAAUGAGGAAAGUGGAGCACUUAGUGGAAUGACCCGUGUCCGACGGUUCGUACAGGAUGAUGCACACAUAUUCUGUAAAGUGGAUCAGGUUGGAGAAGAAGUGAAGGGUGUGUUGGAUUUCAUUGACUAUGUUUACAAAAUAUUUGGCUUUACCUAUGAGCUAAAGCUUUCAACGAGGCCAGAGAAGAAGUACAUUGGAGAUUUGGAAACAUGGGAUAAAGCUGAAAAGGAUCUUGAAAAAGCGCUAGAUAAUUUUGGAAAGCCAUGGGUUAUAAACAAAGGAGACGGUGCAUUUUACGGCCCAAAGAUAGACAUAACAGUUUCUGAUGCAAUGAAAAGGAAAUUCCAGUGUGCUACUUUACAGCUUGAUUUUCAACUUCCGGCUCGCUUCAAACUUGACUACAUAACUGAAAAAAACGAAAAGGAGAGACCUGUGAUGAUUCAUAGAGCAGUGUUGGGAUCUGUUGAGCGUAUGUUUGCCAUAUUGUUGGAGCAUUACAAAGGAAUUUGGCCCUUCUGGCUUAGUCCGCGCCAGGCCAUAGUUUGCUCUCUUUCAGAGGAUUAUAGUUCCUAUGCAAAACAGGUACAAAAACAGAUUCAUGAAGCUAGGUACUAUGUUGAUAUUGAUGAAAGUGACAGAAGCAUCUGUAAAAAGGUGGCAGAUGCUCGGGCUGCACCAUACAACUACAUAUUGGUGGUAGGUCACAAAGAGGCUACAACGGGACAGGUGACAGUUCGGCUCAGAGAGGACCCUGCAGGCCGUAAAGACUUGCCAGAGAUGAGCAUCGACAGUUUGCUGGAUGAAUUCAAGUUCAAGACAGUCAACUUUCUCUGAGAUCCGAUGUUAUAUAUGGGUUAAAAAUUCAUUUUCCUGUUGAUGAUGAAUGUAUUUCUUUUAUAAUAGUCUUUUUCGUUGUACCAAGACAUAUUUUGGAAUAAAAGGUACUGUUGAAA